UCUAUAGCUGAUAAGCUGCAAUUAUGCAAGCUUUUCGAACAAGGUUAGACGGUCUACUGAAGACCAGCGGUGUACAUAUGUUGAUGUCGCCAUUUUGAAGGUCAGGUAUGAGUUCCAUAGCCAUCAAGUUCGGGAUCGGCAAAUCUACUGUGUCCGACAUAGUAAAAUCUAAGGCUAAGCUGGAAGAGUUUCAAACGGAAAUUGACGAUGGAGAUUGCACAAAAAAACCGCGAGUCGUCAGAAAAUCAGACUUUCCUGAACUAGACAGAGCAGUCUACUUGUGGUUUGUACACCAACGAUGCAAAGGGACGCCAAUUAGUGGGCCUCUGCUAUCUGCUAAAGCGUUGCAGCUGUAUCCGCGACUCUACCCAGAUAAUCCUGCUGACUUCAAAGCAGGAACGGGAUGGCUGCGGAGAUUUAAAGAUCGGCAUGGUGUGAGGUGCCUAUCUCUGCAGGGAGAGUCACUUUCAGCAGCCAUGAUGGAUGUGGAGCCCUUCAGAGAAAAGUUCCUGAAACUUGUCGAAGAACAGGGUCUGACUAGACAUCAGAUGUUUAAUUGUGACGAAUCAGGACUCUAUUGGAAGUUGAUGCCAAACAAAACUCUUGUCACAUCAAGAGAGAAAGAGGCAAAGGCUUUCAAGAAACCUAAAGAUCGAGUGACAAUUAUGGCAUGUGCCAAUGCUAGUGGAUCCAUCAAACUUCCUCUCCUGUUUAUCCACAAGGCCCUCAAUCCUCGUUGUUUCAAGCACAUUGACAAGAAUGACCUACCCGUUCAUUACUAUGCGCAGAAAAGUUCUUGGAUGGACUCUUAUAUUUUUAAAGAGUGGUUUUUGAACAGAUUUGUCCCUCUUUGUCGAAAUGCCUUGAGAGAAAAGGGACUUCCUGAAAGAGCACUUCUAGUCCUGGACAAUUCUCCAGCCCAUCCUGACAUAGUGUCUAACAUCUACAGAUGGAUUGAUAACAUGUCUCUACUUGCCACCCAACACUACAUCCGUUAUCCAACCCAUGGAUCAGGGUGUUCUUGAGAACAUCAAGUGUAGAUACAAGCGUGACCUACUUCUUCGUUUACUCAAUCAAAACGAAACGGAAACGAUCCCUGAAUUCACAAGGUCUCUGAACAUCAAGGAUGCAGUUCUACUGGCUGCAAAGAGCUGGAGCGAAGUUGAACAGAGUACCAUUAGCAAGAGCUGGAAUAAGCUGUGGCCCAUAGACAGUGGCUCUGAACCUGCAUAUGAGCCCACUUUGUCUCCAACAAACACCAUGAUUAAUUCACUUCUGACCAGAAUGAGCAUACCGCGUGAGGAAAGAGUUCACUGGUUGACCACAGAUGAUGAGGACUUGGGGUACAGAGACAUAGAUGAAGAUGACAUUAUUGAACUUGUCCAGAAUGAAGCAACACGAGCUGAUAUGGAAGAAGAACAAGACAGUGAAGCUGUUCCCUUACUUGUGUCUCAUGGAAGAGCAUGUGAUGCUAUAGAGACAGUGCUGGCUUAUCUUGAACAACAGCCAGAUGUGCCAAUGGUUGCCACAGUAACACUAAAUGGCCUCUUGAUGAAAGCAGCUAGAAAACGAGCAUCCCCAAUGAUGCAAACUAAAAUCAGUGACUUCAUGAAUAGCCCUAAUCCCAAGGCUUGCUCACCUUAGCUGUAUACCUACCUACAUAGAUAAGUUUAUGGCAGUACAGUGUACAAUGUGUGAGAUAACUACUGUACAACAUUCCCAUGUCUAUGCAGUGGAGUGCUUGUACUGGCGUCUGUAUACAAUAAUCUGUUACUUAAUUAGUACAACGUACGCGUAGUACUACACCAUCUACAUGUGAUACAGGACAUAAUUUGAGGACGCGAUUUUAGCCUCGGAAUCCCAAUGGUCAUGAUCAGUUAUACGAACAAAUCAGUUAUCC